AGUUUAGGCAGAUGGAAAAAAAAAAGAAAAAGCAGACAUCUACUCAGCUUUUCUUGCUGACUGGUCAUCGCCUGGUCAGACUAAAGCAGCUAUUUAAUGAUGAACUCUUACAGGAAUGUGGCAGGAUGAGACCCUGACGGCCUGGCUUACCCUGGUGAUUUGAUUCAUACCCUCAUUCACCAAUACAUGGAAAUUGGAUUUGCACGAGGACGUUCACUAUUGUCUCAACAGCUCACACUUUGGUGACGUAUGAUGUCACCGCAAAUAGAAAUGAAAUCGUCUCUACGUUGGAGCAAAGUGUCGUGUUCGAUUCAGACAGAUGACACGGCGGCGGAAAGGAUUUCUGACAGUGCGUGGAAAAAGUAGAGAUCCGCAGUAGACUGACCGUGAAAGCAGGAGUGAACCACUUUUUAGCACCUCACAUUGCCUAUUGUGGGAGCACCCUACCAGAGUCAUCGAUCCCCUGCAACCUGUGCGCAUGGCACGAAUUGAACCGAUAUUGAGUCGAAGACGGUGUUGUGGCUGUACGGUGAUGUCUUAAGGCAGGUCCUGGUCAAACCUACCAAUGGUACUAGUCGGUCCUACUCUGCUGGGACUGAUCGCAAUGAAUGGGUGUCGGAGCUCUGCACGGCAAAGGAGCACCCACAGCGCGACGAAGCGGAUAAGGGGAUGCGGCAUCGGAACGCGGGAGCGGUCAAUCAGCACCACACACCAGACGAAGAGCGAGGGAACAACGAGCAGAGCCGAGAGCAAGUCGCGCCCGUUUUCAAUCUGCCGCCCCCGCCCUCUUCUCACCACAGAGUCCGCACUCCAACCACCGCCGCUCAGCGCCAGAGCCUCCAGGAGCUCCCGUGUGUGAGCCAGCCCCCUCGGAGAUCGGUUCACAGCGGCGACCUGCUGCCGCUGGCGAGCUGCGACAGCAGCCGGCGACCUUCACAGCGAGGCGGCGAACCCAGCGCCGGUCAGCCGGUGCACCUGCGGCAGGAUCCCAUUCUCUGGGCCCCGGACGGCUCGCAGCAACCGUCGCCGCCGCUGCAGUCAGAGAGGGAGGCUGUUUUUCCAAGCUGCCACUGCAGUUUCUUGGAACAAGAAGCGAGCCUUCCUCCAAAUCAAUCCCAUCCUGUAGACUCUUUCCCCCCGCAGUCCUCCCCGCCUUUCCCACCACUUCUGCCGCCGCCACCAACGUCUUCCUCCUCCUCUCUGCGCUUUUCCCGGAGAUCUGGAAGAGGGGAUCGUCUCCGAAGGAGCGCCAAUAAUUACCAACAGGCGAACACCGUGGAACGCUGCAGGGGAGGAGGAGACCACAGGCAGUUGUUGCAGCCACAGCAGCAGCAGCAACACCGUCAUUUAGGACUCCAACAGAGGGACCCCUCCCCUGAAGGAAGCCGUGCAAACUCACAAAAAGGGCACUCUUUAAAUGCACGCGAGUCAAACGAGGCUAAGAAAGCGUUCGAGUUUCAGAUUCAGGAUCUGCAGCAGCAACAGAUCCCACAAUUGCGAGCGCAGCAACAGCUACUGGUGGGAAGCAGCCUGCCCGUCAACUACUGCGCAAACGGCUCCGGAGAGCUAUGUAGAACUCACCGGGCUCCUCUGCUGCAACAGCAGGAGCGGCAGCAGCUGCUGCAGCAUCGGCAGCAGCAGCGGCUGCAGCAGCAGCAGCAGCAGCAAGGCGCGCCGGGGCUCCGUCCCCAGCCGUCGCAGCAGCAGCAGCAGCAGCAGCACUGUGACAGAGAUCGCAAUAAGUGUGGACGGAUCGCAACGGAGGGCGGUCAGGCGCAGCCACACAGCCGCGUAACCCCUCCUGCAACACCGCACGCAUAUGCGGGGAACUCGUCUGCUUCUGGCAGCCACAGCAGCAAAGACAGCCCCAACUACGGCUCCAGCUAUCACCUGUGGCCCGAGAGCCCGCAUAAAGGAGAGGAGAGGAUCCGCAUCGACCUCCAUAAGACCUCAACUGAGCAGAAGAAGCUGAGCCAUGCUGGAUCCAAGCCCUCCCUCUCUGAGAGCAGUGGCCGACUCCCUCAGAUAGCCAUGAACACCUGCAAGUACAAUGGUGGAGUGGUAAGACCACUAGUAGGCAGCCUGGCGUCCUCGUCGCGCCGAAACCUUGCGGAGCUUGACUCGGAAACGCAACCCUUGCAGACGUUGCACAGCUCUGGCUUAGAGGUGGUGGUGUCCAAGGGCAACGGCGGAGAGGACCCCAGUAAGGCAUCCAACGAGAGCCUGGUAAGGGAGGGUAGCGGGCGAGGCGGCGGCAGGGCUCCACAGAAGAAGAACAAGGACAUUGGCUACAAGCUCGGUCACCGGAGGGCGCUGUUCGAGAAGCGAAAGCGACUCAGUGACUAUGCACUCAUCUUCGGGAUGUUUGGGAUUGUUGUCAUGGUGACGGAGACAGAACUUUCAUGGGGGGUUUACACUAAGGAAUCCUCAUACUCAUUUGCACUGAAAUGCCUUAUCAGCCUUUCCACUGUUAUUUUGCUUGGUCUUAUAAUAAUGUACCACGCCCGAGAAAUCCAGCUGUUCAUGGUUGACAAUGGAGCAGAUGAUUGGAGGAUAGCCAUGACAUAUGAGCGAAUCUUCUUUAUUGUGCUGGAGCUUCUGGUGUGCGCCAUUCAUCCCAUCCCAGGCCAGUACGUCUUCACUUGGACGGCACGGCUGGCCUUUACCUACACACCGUCUGUGGCUGACGCUGACGUGGACAUCAUCCUCUCUAUACCCAUGUUCCUGAGACUCUACCUGAUUGGCAGGGUCAUGUUACUCCACAGCAAGCUGUUCACGGACGCCUCGUCCCGCAGUAUCGGCGCCCUCAACAAGAUCAACUUUAACACGCGCUUUGUCAUGAAAACCCUCAUGACCAUCUGUCCGGGAACAGUGUUGCUGGUGUUCAGUAUAUCCUCCUGGAUCAUUGCUGCAUGGACUGUGCGUGUCUGUGAGAGGUAUCAUGACAAACAGGAAGUGACCAGUAACUUCCUGGGAGCCAUGUGGCUCAUCUCGAUCACCUUCCUUUCUAUUGGCUACGGUGACAUGGUACCACACACGUACUGUGGGAAAGGCGUGUGUCUUCUUACAGGGAUCAUGGGGGCAGGUUGCACUGCACUGGUGGUAGCAGUGGUUGCCAGGAAGCUGGAGCUGACCAAGGCUGAGAAGCAUGUCCACAACUUCAUGAUGGACACACAACUCUGCAAACGAGUAAAGAACACAGCUGCCAAUGUACUCAGGGAAACAUGGCUCAUUUACAAACACACCAAGCUGGUGAAGAAGAUCGAUCACGCCAAGGUGCGGAAACACCAGCGCAAGUUUCUCCAAGCCAUCCACCAAGCUCAGAAACUGCGCAGCGUGAAGAUGGAGCAGAGAAAACUCAAUGAUCAGGCCAACACCUUGGUGGACCUUGCAAAGACCCAGAAUGUGAUGUAUGACCUGGUGUCGGAGCUGCAGGAGCGCAGCGAGGAGCUGGACAAGCGGAUCGGGACACUGGAGGACAAGCUGGACUCGGUGGCAGGCAGCUUGCAGGCACUGCCCUGCCUCAUCUCCCAAGCCAUAACCCAGCAGCAGCAGGACUUCCUGGACGGCUUCGUUCACCGCUUCCGGCCUGCCUCGCUAGCGUCGGAGCGCUCUGAACACUCAGACAGAUCUUGGACUUCCACCACCCGUAGGCGUCGCUCUCCCUCCACAGCACCACACACAUCUUCUGACAGUGGAUAACCUUGAGGAACCCUGUGUUAGUCCGCCCUAUCAGACGGCACCUUUUUUCCAAACCCCCCCCCCCCCCCCUUACCACAUCCUGUCCGAUCCAAAGCCGUUCCUGCAUCCACUGCGAGUCCAUGUCUGGACUAAUAAUGAACCAUAUCUUGAACCCGUGACCUGAUUCUCACCUCUAUUCUCUCUCUUUUUCUUCCUCUCUGUCUCUCUCUUGCUCUCCCUCUCUCUCUUUUUCUCUCUCUCUCACCCAGUCUCUGCCUUUUUUUCCAUUCUCCCACGUCAACCCAAAAAAA